UGUGUUCCUUUCGGUUCCUUUGCUGUCUAUGCUGGUAGUUCGCUGGAUCUUUGCGUGCUGUCAUUGAUCGGCUGUUUAAAGUGACGGUUGUAUAUCGUGUAUUAUUUUUAUGUGUGCACCAUGUGCGGAGGAUUUACGUGUUCCAAGAAUGCCCUUACGGCGUUGAACAUUCUGUAUAUUCUGGUGGCAUUCAUCCUCAUUGGAGUUGCAGUGUAUGGAAGAGCUUCAGCUCUUGUGACAAAUCUUCCUAUUAUUGGUGGGAUCCUUGCAUGUGGCGUGUUUUUGAUCCUUAUCUCCAUUUUGGGUCUGAUUGGAGCUAUCAAACAUCACCAAGUUCUGCUCUUUUUUUACAUGCUGAUUUUGUUUCUGCUGUUCCUAGUGCAGUUCAGUGUCGCGUGUGCAUGUCUGGCAUUCAAUGCUGAGCAGCAGCAUCAGCUCGCUGAACAGGGUUGGAACAAUGUAGCAUCAGACACCAGGCAGAAGGUGCAGAAAACAUUUGACUGCUGUGGAUUUGGUGAGGAACACAGAAAUGAGAGCAUUCUGACAUCCACAUCAAUACCACAAGAUAAAUGUGAGGCUGCUUGUUGUAGUGAUGGAAAAGGAGGGUGUCUGUGUUCAACUUGCAUGGGCAAGCUGCAGAGCACAAUCAACUAUGCCUUCAAGUUGUGUGGUGGCAUUGGUCUCUUCUUCAGUUUCACUGAGGUGGUGGCCGCUGCAAUCGCAUAUCGGUAUCGCAACCAGUUUGACCCUAAUGACAAAGCUGCAAGUGCCAUUAAUAAUAGAUUUCAUAGUAUCCGUGUUUACUGAAACAGUAAUAAUGCAUGUUCCAAAUUGAUGUAAAGUCUCAAACAGAACAUACACAUGCAAAGUCAUUGUACUCACAGUUACCACAGCUUCUGUAAAGCUGCUAGUUGCUGGUGCACAGUUGACAUGUGUUUGUACUGAAAAGAGUGAUGCAUAUUGUGUGGUCACUGUCCCAGGACUACAACAGUCCAUCAAUUUGCAGCAUCAAAAAAUCAUGAUAACAUCUGAUUCAUAUUGUUUUAAGUUCUAACUUUAGUAUCAAAAGGCCGAGGUGUAUGUAUAUUCCUGGUCUUGAAUUUCAAAUGUGUGUACUGCAAGGAAAACAUAAUUUGAUUUCUGUGACUUCUGGUAUCAGAUAUUGUGUGCUGGAGUAAUGCUUUGAGAAAGACAGUUGCUUGUAUGAUUACAUGUGUAAGCAGUUUUGCAGGUGUUAUUGUUAAAGUUAGACCGAACCAUUCUUUUGAGAAUUUCAGAGUUUUCAGCACUUUUGAGUUAGUACAUGUGGUUGAUAUAAUUUGCUUGUUAUUUGGUAAGAAUCCCACAAAAUCUGUGUUUUAAGACUUUCUCAGUAUGGCUGUGUUGUAAAGUAGUUGAGAAGGAGUAUAUUAAGUC